AUUUCUUUAUUUUUCUUUUGCUCAUCCUUUGUGUAUUUUAGAAAAGCCGCUUAAAAUUUCUUACCGUUUAAUCCAUCUCCAUUGAUGUAGUUUGAAAUUGGUUUUGAUUUAUUCUUGGGAACAUUGGCCCUCUAGGGUUUUGUUUUGAUCUGAAGUUUUUCUCUUCUUCUUCUUCUUCUUUUAAAUUGAAUGGCGAAUGGUACGGAGGCAGAGGAUUUCGUGGUACUAUCCCGGGUAAAGACGGGUCUGAAGCGUGAAUUCGAGUUUGCUUUGAAGGCUCAAUCUGAGAUCUGCGGGUCUUUGGGUCGGACUCGAUCUGGGAAGGCCCUGAAUGGAGGAGGACAGGUUUGGAGUCCAGGUACCAGGAACACCAAGAGAUUGAAGAAAGAAGUUAAGGAUGAGAACGAUAAGACAUAUUUGAAGGAACCUGUGAGGGUUUUGGAGGAAUAUGUUGAUUUGUUAAGCGAAGAGGAGGCGAAAAGCGAUGUGGAAGAUCCGAAGAGGGAGGUUGUUGGUUGUGAAGAGGAGGAGUUGAAGAUGAUGAACUUGGAAAAGAACGAGGAAGUUAAAGAUGAGGUAAUUGAACCAAUGUCUGAAGUUGAAGUUGUCAAGCAAGGGGAGGAAAAAAGUGAACCCGCAAUGGCUAUAACUGGCACGCCAGAAGAAAAACAUGGGGAAGAGAAGAUGAAUGCUGACAUUGGAGAGAAAGAAAGUGAACUGGAAAAUGCAAUGAAGAAUGUAGAGGAGGAAAAGUUAAAGGAGGAUUUGGUGAUAGAAAAUGGGCCGUGCAAAGGGGACUUAUGGGUGCCGGUUUUGGUUAGUUGCAAGGAUGAUAGUAAGAUAGAGGAAGUGGUGAAGGAAGCGAAUCCUGUAAGGAGGUUUACUCGUUCCUUGUUGAAUGUGACUGUGGAGGCAAUGAAAGAAACUGCUGCAACAGAUGCUUUUGUUGUCAAUGUGAGUGAUGCCAAAAUUGGUGAUGGUGAUGUUAAAGUUUGGACCGUGGAUUCUCCAAUGCGGAAGGGAACUAUUGUCUCAACUAAGUUUGUAAGAGAUUUCCCUACAGAGAUAUUGGAUCUUUUGGAUUCAGGUAUUCUCAAGGGAGUAAACGUGAGGUAUGCUCGUAGCUCAAAGGUUACAAGAGCUUCAGGGAGUAAUGGGCUUCGGGGAAUAAUCAAGGGCUCUGGGAUCUUGUGUUUUUGCAAUGCAUGCAAGGGGGCUAAAGUUAUUACCCCUACCUUAUAUGAGAUUCACGCUGGUAGCUCGAAGAAGGCUGCAGAAGAGUAUAUUUACCUGGAGAAUGGGAAAACCAUCCGUGAUGUAAUGAACACAUGCAGGGAGAGUCCAUUGAGCAUGUUGGAGAACACCCUGAGAAUGGUGAUUGGUUCUUCCAUGAAGAAAUCCCGCUUUUGUUUGAACUGCAGAGAGUCUAUUACUAGAGCUGGAUCUGGGAAAGCCAUGCUUCUAUGUGAUUCAUGUCUGGAUAUGAAAGAGUCUCAUGACAACUCAACUUUAGUGCCUGAUGCGACCAAGGUGGCUGCUGCUACUGAUAGAUCACCCAAGCCAAUUGUGUUUCCAAAGUCUCCAAUGAGUGCUUCAAAAUGCAAUUCGGCACAAGCUAAGAGUCAGGGAAGAGUAACUAGAAAGGAUCUGAGAAUGCAUAAAUUGGUAUUUGAGGAAGAUGGGUUGCCAGAUGGUACUGAAUUAUGGUAUUUUGUUCGUGGACAGAAAAUGCUUGUUGGUUAUAAAAGGGGAUUUGGAAUAUUGUGCACCUGCUGUAAUUCAGAGAUAAGCCCCUCACAGUUUGAAGCUCAUGCUGGUUUUGCUAGUCGUCGCAAGCCUUUUCAAAACAUUUACACAUCAAAUGGGGUAUCUCUCCAUGAAUUGUCUAUAUCCCUAUCAAAAAAUCGGAAGUUUUCUACUUAUGAGAAUGAUGACUUAUGUAGCAUCUGUUUGGAUGGAGGGGAUCUAUUGUGUUGUGAUACAUGUCCGAGGGCUUUUCACGCAGAGUGUAUAUCCCUACAACGCAUUCCGACUGGUACUUGGCACUGUAGAUAUUGCCAGAAUACCUUCCAAAAGGAAAAGUUUGUGCAACAUAAUGCCAAUGCUGUUGCUGCAGGAAGAGUUGUUGGAAUUGAUCCAAUAGAACAGAUAACCAAGAGAUGCAUUCGAAUUAUCAAAAUCCCAGAGGCAGAAGUUCCUAGUGUGUGUGUGCUAUGCAGAGGUCAUACUUUUAGCAAGUUGCGAUUUGGUCCUCGCACUGUUAUACUUUGUGAUCAGUGUGAGAGAGAGUAUCAUGUGGGUUGUCUGAGGGAUCAUGACAUCGAUGACCUUAAGGAGUUACCAAAAGGAAAGUGGUUUUGUUGUGCGGACUGCAACAGAAUUCAUACUGCUUUACAGAAAUUGAUAGUUCGUGGAGAGGAGAAUAUUCCUGAUUCGUCUCUUCAUGUUGUGAGGAAGAAGCAUGCGGAAAGUAGUUUUGAGAGCAAGGCCAAACUUGAUAUAAGAUGGAGGGUUCUUAGUGGCAAAAUGGUUUCUUCAGAUGACACCAGAGUAACACUUUCAAAGGCUGUCGCGAUCUUCCAUGAGCGCUUUGAUCCUAUAAGUGACUCUGGAUCGAGUAAAGGUGAUCUCAUUCCAUCAAUGGUUUAUGGGAAAACUUUCAAGGGCCAAGAUUUUAGUGGCAUGUACUGUGCAAUAUUAACUGUCAACCAAGUGGUUGUCUCGGCCGGUAUUUUCCGGAUUUUUGGGCAACAAGUGGCCGAAAUUCCCUUGGUUGCAACAAGUAGUGAAAGUCAAGGGCAGGGUUAUUUCCAAUGCCUGUUCAAUUCCAUCGAGAAGCUGCUUGGAUUUCUUAAAGUGAAAACGAUUGUGCUCCCGGCUGCCGAUGAGGCGGAAUCCAUUUGGACAAAGAAAUUCAGAUUUAGCAAGAUAACCCAGGAAGAGCUAAACAACUAUUCAAGGGACUACCAGAUGAUGAUCUUCCAGGGUACAUCAGUACUUAAGAAGCCAGUGCCGGCUAUUCGGUUCAUUGGUAAAUCACAAGAUGAAUGACAGUCGAGUGUGGUUGAAACUGGCGAGUCAGCAGCAAGUUUUUGAACAGAUUUUUCCUCCUCAUUGUACAGUAAGCGAAUGCUUUAGUACUUUUUUUUUGGGGCACAGGAAAGAUGAAAAGUCAAUUAAAUACUUUUUUUCUUCCCCCUUUUCUGAGUUUGUUGCACUGAAAUGAGGUUGGGAAGGGGGGACCGGUUGCUCGACAUGUAGGAAAAUUAGGGGCGGAAAUGAAGUA